AUGUCGAACAUUACCCUCGCCGACAAGGGCAAAGCAAAAGCUUUACCUGAAGUUGAGCCCGUUGACGAAACGCACAACUCUGGUGUAUCCGCCUCUGAUUCAGACUCGGACUCGGAUUCCUCCAGUGACUCCGAAUCCGACUCUGCCGACUCCGACGCUUCCUCUGAGAACGAAUUUGACGACACUGCACCGGAAUACAUAGAAUCCUUACUCGAAAAAGCUCGGCAGAACAUUGCAUCUCAACGAACCGCACCCAAUCCUACGUCUGGCGAAGAAGAGGAAGUGAUCAAACUAGACUCUCACCCGUCCGAGAGGUACGCCUCUGCCACUCACUCAUCCUGCACCGGUACAACGACAGACCACAGCGCGCCGCUUCCUCCGCUAGAUCCAGGUAAACUACCAGAACCGUAUAUCGACUUGAGCAAGGAUCCGAGGAAGGGAUCCAAUGUGGUGGUGCACGACCCGGAUGUGGAGCAGGCGGAGAAGGCGACCUCGUCGCGCGCUGUACCUGCCGAACCUAUCCGUCCGCCCGAGCUUUCAAAGGAUGGGAAGCCGCUGAGCAAAAAGGAGCAGAAGGAGCUCAGGAAGAAGGAGAAAGGCCUGGGAUACUUUGACCUUCCAACUCAUUCCGACGCAGACUUGCCCAGACUGUACAGAGAGGUAGAAGCCCUGCGUCUCCGGAACCAGCUCGACCCCAAGCGGUUUUACCGCAAAGAAGAAGGUGAGGGCAAGGGCAUCAAGGGGCUGCCCAAACAGUUCGCCAUUGGCACCAUCCUCCCAACGAACACGCCCUUCGGCACGCAGACCCAGGAUAACCUGCCCAAGUCCGCGCGCAAGCGGACGAUCGUGGACGAGCUGGUCGACGACGCGGAGGCGAAGUCGUAUGCGAAGAAGAAGUUCAAGGAGCUGCAGACAGUGCGCGGGGCGAGGGGGCGGAAUACCCUGCACCAGAAGAAGGCUAUGCGGAAAGCCAAGUGGUGA